GCCCAGCUGGAGGCCCAGAGCUCCACUCAGGACUUCCAGAGAGCGUCGGAGGUUCUUCGGGCGGCGAAGGAGACGAUCUCUCUGGCGGAGCAGCGCCUCCUGGAGGAGGACCACCGGCAGUUUGACUCCGCCUGGCAGGAGAUGCUGAACCACGCCACGCAGCGGGUGAUGGAGGCGGAGAAUACCAAGACGAGGAGCGAGCUGGUGCACAAAGAGACGGCGGCCAAAUAUACGGCGGCCAUCAACCGCAUGAAGCAGCUGGAGAAAAAACUCAAACGCACCAUCAGCAAGUCCAAGCCCUACUUUGAGAUGAAGGCCAAGUGCUACCUGCAGCUGGAGAACCUGAAGAGGAUCGUAGACGAGCGGCAGGCCAGGCUCUCUCGGGCUAAAGGCGAGUACAAGAUGGCGCUCAGGAACCUGGAGAAGAUCUCCGACGAGAUCCACGAGCGGAGGAGAAGCUCCUCCAUGGGGCCGAGGGGCCGCGGCGUGGGGUCCGAGGGCCACAGCGUCUCCGGGGACGACGGCUCCAACUUCAAGAUGGAGUCGGACAGGAUCUCCAGUGAGUGCAGAGAACAUCCGUUACUCCUCCCUCUCUCUUUACCCUCGUAGCUCCUCACUCACUCACUUCCCUGGAGAAUUCACUUCACAGCAGACAAAGUAUUUUAAAAGUGAAAACAUGAUGGAGGACACGCUAGUAGUCUACUUUCCAGCUCUGUGAACUCAGAAAUCGUGAGGAAUCCAACGUUUUCUGAUAGAAAUGUAAAAUACGGACCCCGAGCAAAUACAAACGGCCGGAUGCUAACUCGCAUAUGUUGAGCAAUUUGCACAAUUAGAGCAAGUUCUGUUAAUUGGCAUUUUGCAGACAAUAGUUAACAAACUGAACAUUUCUGAGUGGUUUUGGGGGUUAUUGAGGAUGCUGAAUCCAUUUCUGAUAUAUUCAGGAUCAAAAAUAGCAGUUUUAACCUAAAUCUUCAAAAUGGACCCUAAAUUAAUUGAAAUCAGGCCAGAGAGUACACGUAUGGCCACCUUCUGGGUAAAACGGCCUUUUUUGAUCCUGGAAAUGGACUCAGCAUCCCCAAUAACCCCCAAAUUGUCAAAAAAUGCCAAGCUGUUUUCUAGCUAUUGUCAACACACAGUAAGCUAUAAUGCCCAACAUAUGCAAGUUAGCAUCCGGCAGCUUCUAUGUGUGCUGGGGACCCUGCUGUACAUUUCUAUCAUUAAACUUUGGGGUACUCAACAUUUCCAGGUUCACUACAGGACUCUGCAAACAGACCAUAAUACUAAGAUAAGCACUCGUAGAGCUGCUGAUCCUCCUUGAAAAGCCCUUCUGACACGGAGCCGGUCUCUGAAGGAGCCGUGCUGACUUUAGUCAAAAAAACAAAACACACACAGCUCUCAUCUGUUCGCUUAAAUUCCUGCUUCGCGAUUCUUGGAAGAAAGUGUUAAAAGAUUUCAGAGAAAGAUAAAUGACGGCAUUACCGGCCGAGCUAAGAUAAUUGAGUUUCAAUUGAUUCACUUUAAAUAUGCUUUGAAGAGAGGAGUCACACACACACACACACACACACACACACACACACACACACACACACACACACACACACACACACACACACACA